UUAAUCUGUUUCGUUUUUGAAUUUAGAAUUUAUAAUGAGUGCUAGGAGUUUAUUAAUGUUGAAGAUGGCUAAACAGAAAGAUAAAAUUAUGUUAGAACAAGAUCGGGAACAUAAACAGAUAAAUCAAACCGACUUGGAAUGCAUCAACAAAAAUGGAAAAUCUUUAAUAGAAUUAGAUGGACAGCAUAAUUCUAUAGCCACAAGUAACCAGAAGAAAAAAGCAUGUUGCCUGGAUUUAGAUUGCUGCAGUAACUGUAGUUUUGUCUCUGAUUCAGCGUCUUCGGAAACCAUCGCCUUCGCACCAGAGUCCCACCCUGAACCCGAUUUUGAUAUAGAUUUGGAUGGAGGAAUAUGGUACCCUCUUUCUAAUUUAGAACAAACUGUAAGGUCAAAUGGAACAUCAAAAACUAACGAUAAAAUAGAUCAAACCAAGAAUUUGGGAAUUUAUGGCCAAAUCUCUGAAAUAUCUAAUGAAAUAGAAAUACAACCAAUUAUUUGUUGUGCUACUGACAGCUUUUAUGUCACUGAAUCUAACAGAUAUAAAGAAAAAUGUCCUUUACCAGAGCAAUUAGAUAAUUGUGGUGGAAAAUACACCCACUCGAAGGCUUCAUUGAAUGAUAACGAAGACUUAAAGCAAAAUAAACCAAAAAGGCAUUUUGCUUCAAUAAAAUCAGAUGAUAACGAUGAAUUUGGUAAUCUCAACAACGUUCUGAACUUAGAAACAUCAGAUAUUAACUGCGUUGAUGAUGGCGGGAAUGAAAAUUUCAGCAGUGAUUACAGUAGGGAUAAGGAUUUUAACACUAAUAAUUGGUCCGAAAGUGAAAACAGUCAAUGUACUAGAAACAGCAAAGACAGCAAUGAUGAAGAUUUUGACAUUGAUGAUAUUGUGCAAUCAAUCGAUACUGAUAGUUAUGAAAGCUCUGAGGAAAAUGAGCUACAAGAAGAAGUAAGACAAUUAAAUAACAUAGAUAUUACACAAAAAAACUUAGUUACAACAGUUGCCGAGAAAUUAAAAGAACAGGUAAACCAUUUUUGAUUUUCCAAGUAUAUUUAUUUAUACAGUGUCGGCAAUAUUGUUCAGUGUCUUUAAUAACAAUACAUAGAUAAUAGUUAGGUGGAUAGUUGGGAUCAAAAUAAAGUGAUUUUGUCAAUCUAAAUGUUGC